AUGGGUGAUAGAGAAAUGAACGAUCUUAUAAUUGAAGAGCCUCCUGAACUAGGGUCUAGUAUAUCUGAAGAAGUUCAAAAUCGAUACACCAAUUGGAAGAAGAACACCAGAUUACUAUACGACUAUUUGAACACAAACACAUCGAAGUGGCCAUCGCUAACAUGUCAGUUCUUUCCAGAUCUUGCAGUCUCUAAUGAUCAACAACGAAUCUUAUUAUCCUCUUUUACUUCACAACAACUUCCUUCUGAUGAAUCGCUCUACAUCAGUUCUAUUUCAACUAUGAAUCAUAUCAAAUGGAGUUCUAUCAAUAACUUCGAUAUGGAUGAAAUGGAAUUUAAGAUGGAUAAUUCAGUAAAACUGAAAGUAAGAGAAAAGAACUUGCAGGCAGAAGUACGAAUAACAUACCCUGACGGAGAUUGCAACCGAUGUAGAUACAUGCCUCAGAACCCAGAUAUUAUAGGUACGGUCUCAUCAAAUGGAUCUGUAUAUGUGUUUGAUAGAACAAAACACGGUAACAAGAUAUCUACAGGUAGGAAGUUCGAGAUAGAGUGUCGCAGUGGCAAUGAACAAGGUCAAGAUGAGAGUGUAUCGCUUGCAUGGAACCAUAAUCUUGUAGGUAUUUUGGCAUCUUGUCAAACCAAUGGGAAAGUGAACGUUUGGGACAUCAAAAAAUUCGAUAAAAACACUCGCAGGAUUGAAAAAACAACUAGACAAAGCAUCACUGAUUCCAAUGGAGUGAAUGAUGUGUCAUGGAUGGUGAACCACACUUCUAUCCUAGCCUCCUGUGGAGAAUCGAACACAAUAUCAAUUAUGGACACCAGAAAAUCACCAAACGAAAAUGAUGUUAUACACCGUACCUCACACCUGGAUGGAAUUAAUAGCAUCGAAUUCAACCCUAAAAAUGAUAUGUUAUUAUGUACUGGUGAUUCUCAAGGCCAAUUGAAAGUAUGGGAUAUAAGAAACUUUACGGAACCUGUGAGAUCAUGGCGCCAUAGCGAAAACCAGGAUUCCAUCUCCAGUAUACAGUGGAACCCACAUAUGCCUCAAAUAGUAGCGUCUGCUGAUCAGAAUACAGGUCUAGUCAAAAUAUGGAACACAUCAGAGUCGGGCGAAAAUAUGCUUCUGUUCGUCCAUGGCGGUCAUAUGUUAGGCGUAAAUGAUAUUUCUUGGUCUCUGCAUACCAAAUGGACAAUCUGCAGUGUAUCGAACGAUAACUCGAUCCACAUAUGGAAACCCGCAAAUAACCUGGUAGAAUCUGAAUUAGGGUCCAAUUGUAACAAUACUAUUCUGUAG